AUGGCGAACCACAUACUACCACUUCCGUCCGAGACAACCGGGCCCAAGCUCGACAUCCCUAUUCCCAUCCUUCAUGACCUUAUCACCUCGUCUGUGAGGCAACAUGGCGACAAAGUCGCCAUCGUGUGCAAGCACCAGCCAGCAGACCUUCUUCCCGCAGUCCACGACUUCAGACUCUCCUCCCAGUCCCAGCAGGCGCAGGCGCAGGCUCAGGUUCGCCCGCCUUACCUCCAAUGGACGCACGCUCAACUUCAACAUGGAGCCGAUCUCGUCGCCCGGGGGUUGCUAGGAGAGGGCCUCCUGCCCGGCUCACCCAUUGCCGUGCUGCUGAGCGGACGAGCCGAAUUCCACCUGGUGCUCCGGGCCGCUGUCAAGCUGAAGUGUCCAUUCACCCCCAUCAGUCCCAGGUCGGCGCAGAAUGCCAAAGAAAUCAGACAUAUGCUCACCCUUUCAGGAGCGAAGGCCGUCAUCGUGGAGGAUGCCUCGAUUGCGGCACAUUUGGAACGCAACAUCCCGGAUUUGAUGCGUCAUAUGCAGGUCAAGCUCAUGGCAGGAGAGAAAUCGGGGGGGAUAUCUACAUCGCCCGUCGAGACGGCCUCCCCCUCCCUAUAUCUGUCCCUGCAAGAGAUGGUUGCCACGGCGGCUGGUGACGACGACGAGACAAUGCUCUACGCGGAGGGUGGAACUGAGCGAACUGACCGUCUCCUUCUCCCUCGUCACGCUGACGACGUCGUCUUCAUCUGGUUUACUUCCGGCACCACCUCACUCCCCAAGGCCGCGCCACACACCAACAGAUCGCUGACCUGCAACAUCAGGUCGUGGCAAGAGGUGUUUGAGCUGGAUGACCGACGUGCCUGGCUUCAGAUCCUGCCCAUGAACUCGAUCGUCGGCAGCUCGUGGACACUGGCAUAUCUCAUCCCCGGCGGCAGCGUCACCCACGUCCACUACAAUUUCGACGUCCAGUCAGUCGCCGAGGCAAUUCAUGCCGGAGAAUGCACCGACGUGCUCGCCGUCCCGUCUAUGAUCGAUCUCCUCGCCUUCGCCCCUGUACUGAGUCAGCCGUCCAACCGGGGCGUCGAUCAUGUCAUUGUCGGGGGAAGCAAAAUCCUGCGGUCCCAUGUUGAAAAGGCCUUCAAGCUGUUCCAAUGUAAGCGCUUGAGUCCGUUCUUCGGCAUGACAGAAGGCACCUCGGUAUGCACCGAGACUCUGUAUGAGGUCCCGCCGAGUCUACAAGACCCUAUAUACGCCGGGUACGUGAAUCCCGGGAGCAAAAUCCGAAUCUGCGCCCCCGAUCGCACCGAGCCUUUACCCAGAGGCAUCCCCGGGGAGAUUGUGCAAGGAGGUCUGCAGAAAAUUGAACGAUACCUCGGCGACCAAGGAAAAGACAAUUUCUUCACUGCCGACGGGAAGACAUGGUACAGAUGUGGCGACCAAGCCGUCAUGCGAGACGAUGGAAGGAUUGCUAUCGUAGGAAGAUAUAAAGACAUGAUCAUACGAGGCGGUAUGAACAUUGCCUCAGCUGCAGUCGAGGCUGUGAUAUCAGAGGGGACAGGGAUCGAAGCACAAAUCAUCGGUAUUCCAGAUCCAGUGGCCGGAGAAGUCCCUGUGGCCAUCCUCAAGCAUUCCCCGGACGACAAAGAAGCCCCUACCAAAGUUCGGCAAUGCGUGCUCGAUCGCAUGGGUCCCGCAUAUGCUCUGGAGCGAGUGCUGAACCUGGGUGAGCUGGGUCUGAGCCUCCAUGGCCACGGCCACGGCCUCGACGACUGGCCGAAGACAACUUCUGGGAAAGUGCUGAAACGGGAUUUACAAGAGCUGGUCCAGAACCUGCUUCAAUCAGAGUCCCAACCACAGACUAAAGCCUCCUCGGACAGGCAGGACAGCGACACGAGGCGUCCAGAGUCCUACACCCCCAACAAUCUGGCCUGCAACGAGACCCAACUACAACAGUAUCUGCUCGAGCGCGUCCGGGAGCAAGGCAUAUUGGUGUCUAGCAUUGACGCGGAUUUCCACCUGGCUGGAAUGGACAGUUUGAUGGCUCUCCGACUCCAAAACGCCGUGACCAAGGACGCGGAGCGAGGGAACGAGGCUGACAUCUACUCCUUCCCGCCAAGCGCGAUCUUCGAAUGUGGAAAUAUCCGCCGUCUGGCCGCAUAUCUCCUGGAGGUCAACCGUGGAGGCUUGGGCAGAGACCCGACCGCGCCGGUCACGGAGACCCGGCAGCGGCAGCAGCAGGUCGAUGAUGCCCUGGUAGACGAGAUGGCCACCAUGGUGGAUGAAUACAGCCAGUUCCAGGUCCAGUCCCGUCGCCACACUGGCAGACCACAAGUCUGCCAAGAUCCAGACAAACACACAGUGCUACUCACCGGCGCGACCGGCUCUCUGGGUGCUCACAUCCUUGCGGUUCUGGUGGAACGACCAGAUGUGGAGUUGGUCUACUGCCCCGUGCGUGGUCCUGAGCCUGGCCGACGGUUGAAAGACUCGUUCGAUAAACGCAUGCUCGGGUCUCUCCAACACAAGUACUAUGAAGAAAAGGUGCGGGUGAUCAGCAUGAACAUCGACACCAGCACCAACAUCGGCACCAACGUCAGCACGAGCAGCGAGGUAGGAAAGCCUGAGGAGACGGAGCCGGAGCCGGAGCCUCAGUUCGGCUUGUCGUUGGAUCCUAAUACCAGAGAAGGCCUUCUAGACAAGCUGACCCUCAUCAUCCACGCGGCAUGGCCGGUCAACUUUCAAUUAGGCCUGGCAUCGUUCAAGCCGCACCUCCGCCAUCUCCAGAGCCUGAUCCAACUAUCGUUGGACGUGCGGUCACCUCGACCCGCCCGGAUCUACUUCUGCUCGUCCAUGGGGGUCGCGCUCACCACGCGCGGACAGAAAAGCAUUCCAGAACAGCCGAUCAUGGACUUUCGUCAAGGCCUCGGCAAUGGAUACACGCAGUCGAAACUGGUGGCCGAAUACGUGAUGCAAAAUGCCGCCGAACAUUUUGGUGCUUGGGCAUGCAACCUACGUAUCGGGCAGGUGGUCGGAGACACCAAGCUUGGUCUCUGGAAUGAGAACGAGGCGCCACCACUGAUGAUCCGCUCUGCACUCAGUUUGGGAUGUCUACCGUCUCUGAGGAUGCCCUUCUUACUUCCCCUGAAAGCAAUCCAUGAGUUUUAG